ACGUGUGAGUUUCUCCCUUUUACCCUUUCAGUUCUCCAUCCCACUGGGUGGGAGGGUGAGUGAGCAGCUGUGUGGUGCUUAGUUGCUGGCUGGGGUUAAACCAUGAUAAAACCAAAAAAGCACUGUUUUUAAGACACUUAAUUCUAUUGUGGUUUUCCUUAACCUUCUUAUUCUUUCUUCCAUUUAGUAUGUCUUCUAUUAUUAUAUUUCAUACUUAAUUUCACUUUCCCUACUAUCUUAGUGUAAAUCUCAGUUAACAGACUGAUCCUCAGAAAAAUGUUGCAAUAUUUUUGCCAAGAAUUGCAAAAUUAAAUGUCUUACAGCUUCUCUUACACACACCUCCUUCUGGGCUGUGUUCUUGACUACAAAUAUUUUUGUAGUUGUAGUGGUGUAGAUAAUAGAACAGUAAAUCAGUUGUAGGUCAGCUGAGCUGUUGUAAUUUUUUUAAGCCAUGGUAUUUUCAUAGGGUUUCUGAACCUUUGAAUUGUCAAGCUGGUUUGUGAGGUGAAUAAAUUAUGAAGGUUUGAGUAACUAGUGUGGGGUUUUUUGGUGUUUUUUGUUAAAAAAAUAUGUGCUAUUAAGAGAUAUGGUUUUUCUUUAUAUGCAAACUGGUUCAGUUUUUCAGGAUUUUGGGAAUCACUGAAUGUUUGGGGCACCUCUGUGAAAACAUAUUUAAGAAACAGCAAGAAUGCUGGACAGGCAGAGAAUGGGGGGGAGGAAGAAGUGCUCGUUGGGCUUAACCUUGGUGUGUGGUAGGUCCAUUACAGAGCUGUCCGGAACUGGAUAUGUCUGGCACAGGAGGCAGCCUGAGGAGAGCCCCAUGCUGGAGCAGUGGGAUACUUCCUGAAGUAAAUGCAGCCAUAGUGAACCUACACUAGAGCAGGAGAAAGGAGCACAGCAGAGAGGAACUGUUACAUACUGACUCUUUUGGAAAAAUAGGAAGGAGGAAGUUGGAGUUGCACUUUAUGUAAAAGACUAGUUUGAGUGCAUGGACAUAAGCUAUGGAGUCUGUGAACAUUGUUGGAUGCCUUUGGAUCAAGACUGGAGGGAUCGUCACCAAGGGGGAUCUUUUGUUAGGUAUCUGUUACUAAUCUCCCAAUGAGGAUGACACCCUUGAUGAAACCUUACUUUGGCUACUCAAGGAAGUCUCAGGCCAACAGAAUCCGGUCCUCACGGGUGACUUCAAUUAACUGUACAUUUGUUGGGAAAACAACACAGCAGUGCACAAGUCGUCCAUCAGGUUCCUGGAAUUCACUGAAGACUGCUUCCUGCUACAGAUGCUAGACAUGCUGACUAGGAAUGGCACAUUGCUAGAUUUACUACUCACAAAUCAAGAAGACUUACUUGACAACAUAACUGCCAAUGGUAGCCUUGGAUACAGCAACCACAACAUUGUGGAAUUUAAGAUCCCGCCGAGCACGCCGAAGGAAAGGAGACUGUGAAAGCCAAAGAUCGGUGUGAUAAAGCCACUAUGAAACUUCAUAUAUUGCAUAAUCAAUAUGUAUUGGCACUGAAAGGAGCACAGUUACAUCAGCACCAAUAUUAUGACACUACACUUCCUCUGUUACUUGAUUCACUACAGAAGAUGGAAGAAGAAAUGAUUAAAGCCCUAAAAGGAAUCUUGGAUGAAUAUAGCCAGAUCACCAGUCUUGUAACUGAAGAGAUUGCGAAUGUCCAUAAAGAGAUCCAGACUUCUGUUGAACAGAUAGACCCUAACUCUGAGUAUAAUGACUUCAUAGAUACACAUAGGUCAUCAGAAGUUGUUGAACAAGCAAUAGAGUUUGAUACGUCUUUACUAGAAGAAAAUGAAAACCUUCAAGCUAAUGAGAUCAUGUGGAAUAAUCUAACAGCAGAAAGUUUACAAGUCACGUUAAAAACAGUAAUAGAAGAAUUGAUUCAGACACAGCAGACACUUUUGAGCAAAGAGAAACUUGUGCUGGAACUAGAGAAAAAAUUAGAAGAGUCCUCUAAGACUUGUGAAAAAACAUCAGAUAUUGUACUCUUGCUGAGCCAGAAGCAUGCACUGGAAGAACUCAAGCAAACAGUUCAGCAAUUAAGAUGCUCUGAGGCAAAAUUUGUAGCCCAGAAAGAACUACUGGAACAAAAAAUUCAAGAAAAUGAUGGGAAAGAGCCACCACCUGUAGUGAAUUAUGAAGAAGAUGCCAGAUCAGUCACUUCUAUGGACAAGAAGGACAAAGUCUCAAAGUUGGACACUAUACGUCACUCAAUAGCCGGAAUUAUGAGAUCUCCAAAAUCCAUGUUAGGCUCAUCGUCGUUCUUUGAUGUAAUAUCAACUACUGUGAAACCAUUGGCAGAGCAAGACUGGUACCAUGGUGCAAUUCCAAGAAUAGAAGCCCAGGAGCUGUUAAAACAGCAAGGAGACUUCUUGGUGCGAGAGAGCCACGGGAAACCUGGUGAAUAUGUCCUUUCUGUGUUUUCAGAUGGACAACGGAGACACUUUAUCAUACAAUAUGCUGAUAAUCAGUAUCGCUUUGAAGGAACUGGGUUUCAAACUAUUCCUCAGCUCAUAGACCAUCAUUAUACAACAAAGCAAAUUAUUACAAAGAAAUCAGGUGUUAUUCUACUGAAUCCUGUUUUUAAGGACAAGAAAUGGGCUCUCCAUCAUGAAGAUGUCACACUGGGAGAAUUACUGGGCAAAGGUAAUUUUGGUGAGGUAUAUAAAGGAAGAUUAAAGGAUAAGACUCCUGUUGCUGUAAAAACUUGUAAAGAAGAUCUUCCGCAGGAACUGAAAAUAAAAUUUCUGUCAGAAGCCAGAAUACUCAAACAGUAUGAUCAUCCUAAUAUUGUAAAACUCAUAGGAGUUUGCACACAACGACAACCUAUUUAUAUUGUUAUGGAACUUGUUUCAGGAGGAGAUUUCCUGUCCUUUUUAAGAAAAAAGAAGGAUGAGCUAAAACCCAAACAGUUAGUGAAAUUUUCACUAGAUGCUGCUUCUGGUAUGGCAUAUCUUGAAGCUAAAAACUGUAUACAUAGAGACCUGGCUGCAAGGAAUUGCUUGGUAGACGAAAACAACAUUUUGAAAAUAAGCGAUUUUGGAAUGUCUCGUCAAGAGGAUGAUGGAGUUUAUUCAUCAUCAGGCUUAAAGCAGAUUCCUAUCAAGUGGACUGCUCCAGAAGCUCUCAACUAUGGGAGAUACACAUCUGAGAGUGAUGUAUGGAGCUUUGGAAUCCUUUUGUGGGAGACCUUCAGUUUAGGAGUAUGUCCGUACCCUGGAAUGACAAACCAACAAGCACGAGAACAAGUGGAGAAAGGAUACCGAAUGUCAGCACCACAAAAUUGUCCAGAAGAAAUAUUUAAAAUAAUGCAGAAGUGCUGGGCCUACAAACCUGAAAACCGGCCAAAAUUCAGUGAGAUUCAGAAAGAGCUGUCUUCAAGCAAAAAAAAAAGUGACAUAGUGAUGAACUAGUGCCAACUCAGUCUGUAGGACUUUAUUUUCCAGUAAAGUAAUAUUUCCCCUUAAACAAUGCAUUUAUACAACAUUAUUUGCAAUAUCCUUCUAACUACUUUAAAAUUAACUCUUUUUUUAUAUAUACAAGUCUACCAAUGAUGUCUACACCUGCAUUAAAGACAUAUUCUGACAAAUGCUGUAUAUCCAGUCACAGUAAUAUUGUCAUUUAUGAUACACAUAAAUAGAAAGGCACAUAUUGUGACUGUGGAUUCUAUCUAUUUUACAGCAAGUAAAUGCUAGUGAAAUUUUUCAGAGGUUUUCUACAUUAUGGUGGGUUCUCUCUCUCCUAUUCCUGUCUCAGAUAUCAACACUAUGGCACUGUAAUGUGGUGACUGUGUCACACGAUGGCCUUAAAAGUGAAGACAGUUUUUGAUAAGUAUAUCAAUGAGACACUUUUAUAUUUUUUUAAAUUCUUUAUGCAACUGAUAUUUUUAAAUGAUACCUUGUUUAAGGAUGAAGGUCAGAUUCUGGAUGUAAGGGGAAAUCCAGAAUUUUCUUUUCUAGAAAAUUGAACUACAUGUGUAUUUCUUAUCACAUUAUAGUAAAUACUUCUGACUUUGGAUGUGAUUUACUUAAGCUUCUGCUUUUUUCCUAUGAACCCAUCAGAAUUCAGUGAUAUGUCUCUUUUGCAAUGAACUACAUUUAUUUAACAAACAAAAAAGCCAAUUUCAAGUCUUGACUACAUGUAUGUUGUUAACAAAUAUUGCAAAUCAUCUGCCUUACAAAAAAUAAGUAAAAGCAGUAGGUGCACACAUGUAGAAAAGGUCAACAAGAAGUAGAUUUGCUAAAGAUAGCAGCAUGUUAUAUAUAACAAAUAGGAUUAGUUUUAGAGGAGUAAAAGAAUGUGAAUUACUAGAUAUGCUUUUGAUCCUGUUUUUUCCUUCAAUUUGCAGUAAUUCUCAGUAUGCAACUGAAGCCUGCAAAAGCUAAACAAAAGUACAUUCCAUGCAUAGUAUCCAAAUAAAAACACUGCUUCUCUAUGCCAUAAGGAAAUAUGUUUUAAGCCUCUAGCAGACUGAUCGAGGCAGAGUAGAAACAUUAACCAUUUAGCUUUUUAAAAUCAUUACAAUCAGAUUUCAAAAGACUGGGGACAGUAGAGCUGCAAGUGCCAACAAGAAGGAAAAAGUUUGUAUAAAAAAUAACAUUCCUACAGAAAGAAUAAAGACUCAACAUUCAGAGGAGGAAAGGCACAAAGUUUGUUACUAUGACUCUUGGUUUUCUUUGCAACUUGGACUAUCAUGUCCCUUUGUAUCUUCUACAUAAAAUUAUAAUUGGAAUAUAUGUCCAGGUGUAGAAUUUAUGUGUUAAUUCUGAUUUCUUUAAUUUUCAAGAAUUUGUAUAUUACUAGCCAUUUUAGAGCACCAUGUUUUUAGACAUCAUUUAGGCAGGAUUUAUGUCAUGCAAAGGGGAGGGGAGAUUUUCUCGACCCCUAGUGUUUGAUCUGUCUAUCAGCAUCCCAAGAAAGGCAAGACCCUUGUGCCUGACCGGUCUGUCAAUGUCCCGCUAUAGGGACCCUUCACUGAGAAGUCCUGCUGGAUCAGAGGGCGAUUUGACUGACUUGUUCAGGGAAACGUGCCAACAGCAUAAGGGGGACCCCUCAGCAGGUCUUCCCACUUUAUUCAAAUAUGUUACCCGCUGCCAGCAACUCCUAGUGCCCACGAAGGACUAACACUAACACUUUAUGGAAUAAUACUCUUUAUUAAUAUAAACUUGUGACAGAAUAAGGUUCGAAGAUUGCAAGUAACUGCAAGUAAGCUUUAAGCAAUAUAUCUAAUAGCAGCUAGCAUAAGUUAGUCAUAGAAAAAAGUUCUUACCCAAUAGGCAUCCCUAUGGGGGAGAUGACAGGUUCAGCCCAUCGACUGAUCCCAGAAGUUACGAUGGAGUCUUCCCUAACUUCUUCCCUCAUCUGUCCACUUUUUAUGCUUCAUAGUACAUUGCAUAUUCAUUCAUCAUACACAGGAUUGGUUACAAGUUUCUCAAUUUUAAUGCAAAUUAGUACACAUCCUCAAAUAGCACUACUGAAGUUCUCUACUAACUACACAUGCUCCUCAAGCAGGAUUUUGCCCUCUUUUGGGGGGACUAUUUGAGUCGGAGGUUGUGAUCUCCCACUAUCUUUGUCCUACUGUUAGCUGUAUUUAAAAAAAAAAAAGAAUUAAUAAAAUUCUCAAAUGAAGUUGACUGAGGUCACAGAGUGAAAACAGAAUUAGGUGAAGUUGAUACUUUCUUCCUCUGCCUUCCCAGAAUUGAAAGCUUUGUAAGUAAAACUUGCAACAGCUGUCUUGGUGUUUUAUAGGUAAAUAUGAACUGUUAUCCAACAGGACAACAUAGGAUGCAUACUGCUACUAGCAAAGAAGGAUUGGGGGAAAAAAAAGUAUUCCUAAAUUGCCACUAUUUGGAACUCUCAUCUAGUUUUAGAACUACAAAAGUUUAUAAAUCAGCUACAUAGCUGAAAUUUUGUGAAUAGGUUGAGAGACAGCUCAUGCUUCUCCAUUAAAACCCUUCUUCAGUUUAAGGCAAUUAUGCUUUUAAAAGAAAAAUCACUUUGAUAGAGGUUGCUUCUAAAUUGUACAUGUUGAGGCUAUUGAGGAAGACAUUUCCACCACUAAAAAAAAUAUUUAAAAGAUUCACAGUACUGUCUUUAUACAGUCAACUCAGUCAUUUCAGUCUUUCUCAACAUAAAAAAAAUCCACAAAUAUUAAAUGCAAUAGCAAAACAGAAUACUUGGAUUACUAAUAUGUAAACUAGUUCUCUCUGAACUUGUGCUUCAAUUAUUAAAGAAUCUUUCUGCUCUUUAAACAGGGCUGCAGUAGGCUAACAGCUGUAGCUGCACUGUACUGCUAAACCAGAAGAAUCUGGCCCUUUGCACCUCCCAAACAUUUUUUAACUCUGACAGCUCUACCACAGGUACUCCCCUUUCACUUACUUCAAGAAAGUUACUCUUGUGAGACAAAAUUUCUGAUAUAUCCCUGAUUUUGUUUGACUCAAAAGUUUCAUAGUGAUGUUAUACCUUUAUACCUGUGGCAAUGUGUUUGUAUGAAAAUUUUAGUAACUGUGAAUCCAAGGUGAAACAUAGUUCAAAUCAUGGUUUAAUCAAGCUACAAACCCUAAAUACAUAUAAAAUUGUCUACAUCAUAAAAGACAUCAGAACAAGAACAUUCCCCACUGCUUAAUUUACAAUACAGAACAACCUUUUCCUAUUCUUAUCGAACACUAUUAAGCCAAUUAAGCCCCUUUCCAAAGGAAUGAUGUUGUCAGACCAGAUCCAAAACACUACCUUUAAAAUUAAUACCAAUUCCUCAGUUCCAUUUGAGCUUCACUUUAAACAUGCCUUCUACUUAUCAGAACUUUCCAAAUAGGAUUAGUUUUCAUUAUUGUCACCCAUUUUGCUUUUAGAAAUCUGACCUCUUUACAUCAUAUAACCUUUAAUUAUGCCAGUAAUUAUACAACCCUCCCAAAUUCUGAGACUUGAAACUUCAAACAACAAGCACUGCUAAGUCAAUAAAAGUCUACAGGGAACCCAAUUUUUCAUUAGGUGACUAAGUUGAUAUGGCUUAAUGCAUUUUAAAUAUAUAAAUUUUUUAGUUGAAAAAAUUACUGAUAUUUUGAACAGCAGUAUUGCUUCCACAAACUAUCUGUUCAAUAGAAGCAUUUACAUUUCACUUGAAUUCUACACAGAGGUAUGUGGAUAACUGGCUAGCUGAAAAGGGUCACAUAGACAUAGUCCAGCUGGCUGGACAAAAAUGCACAUCGCUCUCAGCUUAUCUGAAGUAAAGCAAAAUACACUAUCCUUGGCUGUUCUUGUUACACAAUAACAGGAAGAUCGCGGUGGGAAAAGAAUGUUGCAGGUGGGAACAGAAAA